CCUAGCUUAUGAUUCUAAGCAAAAUAAACUACUCCCGAGUAUAACUUCACAAUAUUAUUAUUUCCACUUCUGAAUGUAGUAUCGCCAAAUAUGGCGAUAUUAUCGCCAAUAGGACAGGAGCGACUAUUAUUUUUAGGCUUGGGAAUUACGACUUAUGCUGUUUUGGUCUUUGUGCGUAAUCGCCUUAUCCAUUUUCGGGAAGCAGCUACCAUUCCACCCACCGAGAACAAAUCGCAUUUUAUCGACCAGAAGACCGAAGAUUCCUUAAGACUCAGUACGCUGGGAAAGUUAUUGGACAAUCCAAACUAUGGAAUUCAAGAGACUGCGUCCAUCAUUGUCUGCGAACGUGCUCUGCACAACGAAUCCGCCAUCAACAGCCUACUUCGCGAGAUUAGUGGACCAGAUUAUGACCGACGGGAGAAGGCAGUUAGAGCAUUUAUAUUGAUUGUAAAUGGCUGUAUGUAUUACUAUUCCUAAUACCUGGCGCCUCGAGUUGAUUUAAAUCUGUAGCAACUGUCAGGCGAAUACAUAAACCAGAAACAUACGAAGCACUCGUCAAAAGUCUGGAAUACUCUGUAGACGACUACGAGCACCAUGAAUACGAUUCAGAUUGGGACAACUGGCACCUUCGCGACAUAGCGGAAAAAAGCUGUCUUAUGAUAAUACAUGAAUUAAUUUACAAAUACGAUGUCGAAGAACUUUUAAACGCCGGGUUUAUAGAACGUUGGCUGGUGAAGGAGCCAUGGGGUAGAACUGCAGAGGAACGUUCGAGUAAUUUCAUGGACUCGCUCAACAAGGAGAAGCUCUUGAACCGGGUGAUCGUGCCAUUGUUUAAUAAUGAAAGGGGCAGAAAAAUGCUAGAAGAGGCGAAACUACUACCAGCAAGACCCGAUAUGGCAGUAAGGCAUCUUGCCAUGGAGGGGAGUGCGGAUCAAGAUAUAGAAGAUUUCGAAGGCAUGUUUGCUGAGAGAAGACCGAGGGAUCAGAGUACGGCAGAGGAGCAUCUCAGAAGGCGUCAUAGGGAAGCUAUGGUUCUAAACGAUGGCACAAGACCGCUUGAGCGAGGCGACAUCUAUGAAAAUCAACAAAGACCUAGAGGAUCUAUGGAAUGAAGUGAAUUACUUUUUUUGCAAGGAGUAAGGUCACAUAAAAUUUAGGCUUCAGGCGAAGUCAGAAAGUUUGCUUUGAGCUCUCUAAACAGUCAGCCCGUGAGGUGCGUCCAUAUUCAAUCAACGAUAUAUGAUAUCGCCUCGCCCCUAUGGUUUUCAUACCAACACACUAACCUGGAAAUAGCUAUGGAAAAAAUACCCUACUUUAUGCACGUAUACGAUCUCACCACGGAGCGACAGGAGAACGACAGGACCAUAGUGGUAGACUGCUUUACGGGAAAACCGAGCUCCUAAAAUCCAUCACCGAGGUUUAGUUUUAGCAAGGGUAAUGCUAUCGGAUAUCUCGACAUUGCCAAAGCACAAUCUAUAACUUCUAGGCAGAAGCUAGGUAGAGCUAUCAGAACCGAGAAUUCACGGGUGAAAGUCACAAGAAAAUCGAAGUCCUAUAAAUUAUAAAAAUAGUACCAAAUUUUGAUCACAGAACUCUCUACCUCGGAAUACAACUUUAGCACUUUGCCUACAAAAUACUCAUGAUGCUAUUGCUUACCUAGCACCUUUAUGGCUGUACCUGCGUUUGAUUGCAGGGACCAGGGAUGAUCGUAACAUCAAAACAAGGUCGGAUAAGCAACGAAGUAAUACUUAGUUUCUGAAUUUCUUUUUCUUCCUUUUUAUCGGUUGAUGAAACAGCCAGCUAUAUUCUUGUUGUUGAUAGUCAAUUGGCCUCGAUAAAGUCUUUAUUAUACUUCAACCCUAUAGAUUUUUGA